UGUAAAGACAAACAUUUUACAUAGACUCGCUAUUGAAUUUAAUUGUUUAAUUUCAUAGUGUGAGAUGUGUCAAUCAAUAGCAGAGUCUUAUGCCGGUAAAAGCAUUUUUAUCACUGGUUGUACAGGAUUCUUGGGAAAAGUACUCUUAGAGAAGAUACUCUACAGUUGUUCCGAUCUUAAAAAAGUCUACAUACUUCUUAGAGGGAAGCGGGGAUUGACGAUUCAAGAGCGUCUUAAGACUUUGCUGGAGCUGCCAGUAUUUUCAAGAGUUUAUAGGGAGAAAGCGAAAUUUUGUGACAAAAUAGAACCGAUAGUCGGUGACGUAAGUCAGGACGGUCUUGGAAUCUCCCCAGAAGACAGAGUAACGCUUAUUAAUGAGGUAUCAUAUGUAUUUCAUUCGGCUGCAUCGAUCAAGUUUACCGAGCCGCUACACGAUUUGCUCAACGUCAACGUCAAGGGUACUGAGAGGGUAUUAUCUUUAUGUAAAUGUAUGAAGAAGCUUGAGGUCCUCGUUCACGUUUCAACAGCGUAUUCCAAUACACAUAAAAUAUUUAUCGAAGAAAAAGUUUACCCAUCACCAAUCCCUCUGAGCAUGGUUGAUCAUUUGAUUAAAGAACAGCCAGAUGAAGAGAGAACUAAAAUAAUAAUAAGAGAUGAGCCAAACGCAUAUACAUUCUCUAAGAAACUUGGAGAAGCUUUGUUGGCGGAAAAACAUGGUCAUGUUCCCGUUAUUAUCAUAAGGCCUUCAAUUGUUACUGCAAGUCUAUCAGAACCGAUCCCAGGGUGGAUAGAUAAUUGGAAUGGGGCAACUGGUUUGAUUGGAACCAUCACCAAAGGCAUCCUAAGAGUUGUGCGUGGGAACGGAGGCAACGUUUUGGAUCUUAUACCAGUCGACUAUGUCGUUAAUCUCAUAAUUGUAGCGGCUACAAAGAAAAUACUGUCACAAAGUGUAAAUGUUUACGCUUGUGCUACAAGUACAGAGAAGCCUUUGACGUUAAGGCACUUAUCACAUUUGGCCUUAAUAAGGUGUAAAAGAAAUAAAUUUAAUGAACUACCAUUUCCUGGAGCUUACUUUACAAACUCCAAAUUGUUACUGGUUUUCUUAUCGGCUAUCCUACAAACUUCUCCUUUAUCACUGGCUGACGCUUUGUUACGGAUGACAGGAAAAGACCCUAAAUACCGAAAAAUACUGCGCAGAAUAGAACAAGUCCGCGAUGUAUUAGAAAUCUUCACGUCCAACUCUUGGAAGUUCAGUACGAUGAAUAAUUACUGCCUCUACUCAUCUCUGUCACCGAGUGAUCAAAAAACUUUCCCAUUUAGUCCAUCAUUAAUAAAUUGGUCAGAGUAUAUUCCUAUAUACUUCGACGGAAUGAUAAAAUAUUUAUUUAAGGAAAACCCAGUCACAUCUGCGUAGAUUAAAGUAUAUUUCUAUAUUUGUCAAUAUAAUUAUCAUCAAGUAAUAACAUUUUUUUUACUAUAUUUCAAGCAACGUAUAUUUGUACAAUUAUUUAAUAUUAACUGUCGAUUUACAGUAAAAUAUCGAGCGUGAAUUAAGCAAACCGUUUGUCAAAUGAAAUUAGGAUCUGUUCUUCGAAGGGCAUCAGUAUUCAUGAACACCUGAGGUUUUUCAAUCAGAAACAUGCUCGAGUUUAUUUUGUCAUUUUGGGCUACGCGCAUAUUGUCUCAUGUUGGAGCGUAUUCAAAAUUUUACACGGUUUUAUACCUUGUUGCAACUUAGCAACAUUGUUCUGAGAAUACUCUUUACACUGCCACUCAGAAAAUUAUCGAUCCGUAUCGGAAGAAACUUAUGUCUGAUGAAAAUUUUGUUACGUGGAGUCGGACUGAAAUUUCAAUUUAACUCCACCCCAAGAACACACAACUUCCGGUGUUUUCCGCUAAACACCCUUUGUAACAAACAAAGGAUACUCCUUAAAGUCCCAGCCAGCAUCGGAAUACUGAGUAAAAAAAAUAGUACGCGCGCAUUGACAUAGUUAAUCAGUUUCGCGACCAUUUGGAAGGAAAGGGUAGAUUAGCUUCUAGGAGGUUUGGUUUGCUCAUUAAGGUGAUACGGUACUUCACUCCGGGCCACCGCUUGCAACUCUAUAAAGCGCAUAUUAGCCUCACAUGAAAUACUGUUCUCACCUCUUGGUUUCCAGCUCUCCAGAAUUAUAUUUCUGGUUUUCAGGGGCAGAAAUAAUGUUUGGCACCAGGCCCCCUUUAACAAUGACGUCGCGCGUGCUAAAUACUGUCUCCGAAAUGAUCUACAGAUUUAUAUCUUUACAGAGUGAAUUUUUGUGACAUUUAAUGUUUUAUGUUACGGUUCAUUGGUUUUGUAUAUUUUUUAGAAUA